UUUUCGGUCUUCAGGAGAAUGUCAGUUCCAAAUCCGUCCCAAUACAAGUAUUUCGAGAACUUUCUCGAGAAGAAAGAGAAAAAGUGGAUUCAGUACUGGGUAGUGUUGAUCGGAAACCGUCUUUGUUUCUUUAAAGACAACCAAACACAAGUUCAAGGGCAUCUUAUUGGCCGCUUGGAACUGCAUCCGCAGACAAGGAUAAUGAUAGGAAAGACGAAGAAGAAUAACUACCAAUUUCAAGUUACAACCGCUAAAGGAGUUUAUCUUCUUAAAGCAGCCAGUGAGAAGCUCAGGGGAAUUUGGAUGCAGAAAAUUUCAUUAGCAUCGAAAGGUCAGUUGCCAGGUGCUCCUAGAAUGCAGCCUAACAGUGGACAAACAGUAGGGAAUCAUCGUCAUCCACAACCAGGACAGCCAUCUCACAUGCAACCGGGAUAUCCUUCUCGUCCCCCACAGUUAGGGUACCCUUCUCACUCACAACCAGGAUACCCUCCUUACUCACAACCAGGAUACCCUCCUCAUUCGCAACCAGGAUACCCUCCUCAUCAACAAAGGUCUCAUUCAUUACCAGGACACUCUGCUCAGCCACCACCAACAUAUCCUCUUCACUCACAACCAGGAUAUCCCACUCAAUUUCAGCCAGGGCAUCUUUCUUACUCUCAACCACCUCACCACCAGCAGCUAGCAUACCGUGGUUAUGUACCACAGCCUCAGCCUGGGACAUAUCCACGACCUUUACAGCAACGUCCAUUACCACAGGAGCCAGGUGAAUGUAACAAGUUUGCUCAUGGUCCCUCAGCAGACACAAGGCGAAGAGUAAGUGCUCCACAAAUAGAUAUGCCUCCUGCUCUCCCAACCUCUCCACGACCUUCUGCGGAGUAUGCAAUGCUUUUGCCUGGACAGCGAAUUGCUUUGGAGGAGGAACAGCGUGAGAAAGAGAGAAAGCUCAAGGCUUCAAGAUCUGAGGGAGCACUGCGGCAGAGACCAACAAGUGUGACAGCAACAGAAGGUCCAUAUGUGCCAAUGUCGCCUGUUUCAGAUGCCACUGCUACUGCAGCAACUUUAGACGAAGUUGUGACGAAGGGAGAAACAUCAUCAACAAGCAAGUCAGAACCAUUUGCCACAGUAGCAUCAGAUGAUCAGAGUGAUAAUGAUGCUGACUAUGUAACACCAUGGGAAGAUGCUGAUUGUUGCAGGUGGUUUUAUUCUCCUUUGUCUCGAGAUGCUGCUGAGGAUCUUUUGAAGUACAAGGGAACUGUGGGAUCGUUUUUAGUAAGAGAUAGUGAGAGUGCAAGCGGAGACUACAGUCUUUCAGUGAGAAAUGACGACAAGAUCAGACAUUACAAAAUCACAAAUGCUACUGGUGGAUUUGCUGUCGUUGGAGUUAGUGAUGUAGUUUUUAAGGAUCUUUUUCAAUUGGUUCAAUUCUAUAUUGCUUCCCAUGAAGGACGGCUGCAGCCACUGCUGCGAGAUUCUAAGCAAAUUUUACAGUCAAGCGAGCCAUCUCAAAUAUCGUUUGAUGAAGAGGAUGAAAAAUCAGCAAAGGACUACAUUCAGCUGUUUGAUGAGAUGGGUGAAGACAUUGAAUCUCCUACAUUGUUAAAUCCUCCUGAACCUGAAGAACCACCAGAUACAUUGAGUGAUGAUCUAGAGGACAACAAUGCUUCUGGAGUUAGUUCUUUACCUGUUCUGUCUUCUACUAAUGAAGAUGAAAUGAGAUCUAAAGCCAUGGAGAGCAAUGAUAGCCACUACUUUGUUAUGACAAAGAAUCCAUCUCCAGAAAAGGAACUGGCUGAAACACAAAUCAAGGAAGCCAUUGAAGAUAUAACUGUUGCUCUCAGUACACUGGAACAGUUUCCCAAUUUGGAAGUAGAAGGUCUCACUGAAGAGUCUGAUGUGAGAACUGUUCAAUGUGAUAAAGCUCCAUCUUCUUCUUUUGAGCCACUUCCAUCCGAGCCACCAACACAAGGAGAUGACCAAGACGAUGACGUGGUUAUGCUUACGAUGCCUACAUGCACCUAUCCAGACUUGGCAAAAGAAUCAAGCAUUGGUGGUGGUAUGUUUUUGAUUUAUUCUCUACAUAGUGGAAACUGUGCAGGUUGCUUUGAUAUAUAUAGUGCAGUCUGUCAUCGUACUGUAAAGACAAAGCUAGGGGCAAUAUUGUAUUGUUAUAUAAUAGGAAACAAUGUAAAGGCACUGCUUGAGACUGAUCAAAGUUUGUCUUCUUCAGUUGCACAAGUGGAAGGCUAUAGUCAUGAUGAUUUGGAGGCUUAUGAUGUCCCAGACCAAUGCAUGCAAAAAAAUGAGUCAAAUGAACCGGCAAAGCCAGUGUACACAAACACGGCAAUACAGCCUGAUGUCUACGUAGCUGAAGAUGCAAUUGAUUGAUGGUGUCAUUCUUAAAAGUGUUGAGUUUCAAGGUUGCUGUGCUUUGUUCAAGUUCUAAUCUAUGGUGUUUUUGAGAGUUAUCCUUUUGUAACUAGAACUUAUAAUGGCUCGUAUUUUAGGUUAGAAUAUAUGUUGAUUGAUGGAUUUGUAGCUAUACUCUGUUACAUUGUAGCUUAUGGCAAUUAAUUUACUUGGAUUUAUUCUCUAGAGCCACUCAAGGGCAACAUUAGCAGUGUUGUGAGUAGGCUAGAGUUAGCUAAUGAUUGUUUUCUGAGCAAACCAUUGUGUUUACUAACCAA